ACAAGAUAGGGGGGCGGAUUUCAGGAGCGUUAUCACACCACAGGAAUGAAGCAAAUCAAACGGAUGCUUAACAUACAGUUAUUUUGCAUAACUUUGUGUUUCAUGAUCUAAACCCGCGUUUUUUUUCUUUCUCACUGACUGGAUAGGGAAAGUUUCAUAUCUGAGGAGGAAUACCUGCCAACUGACGGAACGCAUCAUCCGCAGCCCGUCACACCUUCGCCUCAGUAUUUGAGUGCGUUGAGGAGAUCGGAUCUGCUUUAGGACUGCAUUUUCUUGUUUUGUUUCUUUUUGGGGUGAGGGACAAGUCCCUUGAAGUACGUAUAUUUUUCAUUCACAAAAUGAGUGUGGAUCUCUAUCGUUAGUUCUGUGCCCCGGUUUUCAGUAGGUUUGUGCGGAUCAUUUUGUGAAGUAGUUUUAGUUCCCCUAGACUGUUGUGUUGUUUCAUUUUCCUCUUUCUUGGAUGCUGGAAUUUAAGACUGACAGUCCCGUUCUCUCCUCAUGCCCAUGAAAACAACUCUCGGAUGGUAAGGAUUCCAGAGAAUGGUAAAUGAUCGAUGGAAAAUCAUGAACAGUGUUUCAGAACUCGAGGAUGGUCAGCAGCAUAAAUCGCAGAGGAUGAGCUGUAGCUAUCUCCUAUGCACCAUCCUGCUCUUUGUUGCCGUGUUACUGGCUGUCACGGUAACCGGGAUCAUCCUUCUGAUGAACCAUUACCAAGCGCCCAGCGGCCCCGACGGCCCCCCUCUCAUCAGCACUAACCAGGAUGAGGCUAAUGCCCUGGUAACCAUCGAGAGAGGCGACGGCUCCCGAAUCAACAUCUUCAUUGACCCCAACUGCCCCGACUACAAUAAUAACUUCCUGCGUCUGGAGGGCGUGCAAACCUCACUGCUGCACUCUCUCACCGACCACGACACUGAUCUGAAGUCAGUGAAAGGGCAGGACCGGGCUCUGCUUGUUAAACUGGCUGAAGAAGUGGCCAAACUGUCUGCCCAUGCCAGUCAGCUGAAGAUGGAGUACAACGCUCUGAGACAAGGCCAGGGCAACAUUGGACAGGAACUCAGCACUCUGCAGACCGAACAGGGCAGGCUUAUCCAGCUGCUGUCAGAGAGUCAGAUUAACAUGGUGAAGGUGGUGAACUCUGUGAGCGACGCGCUCAGCUCCAUGCAGAAGGAAACCGGAAACAUCAAGAGCCGUCUUAAGGCAGAUCUGCAGAGGGCUCCGGUGCGCAGCGUCCGGCCCAAGGGCUGCGCCGGUGGAGAGGGUUCCAGACCCAGGGACUGCAGUGACAUCUACGCCAGCGGGCAAAGAGAGGAUGGUAUCUACUCCGUGUUCCCCACACAUUACCCAGCAGGCUUCCAGGUCUUCUGUGACAUGACUACUGAUGGAGGCGGAUGGACGGUGAUUCAACGCAGAGAAGAUGGCUCUGUUAACUUUUUCCGUGACUGGGAAGCCUAUCGUGAAGGAUUUGGCAAGAUAACAGGAGAGCAUUGGCUUGGCAUGAAACGAAUCCAUGCACUUACCAUUCAAGCCAACUACGAGCUGAGGAUUGACCUGGAGGACUUCGAGAACAGUACCUCCUUCGCUCAGUACGGCUCUUUUGGAGUGGGUUUGUUCUCUGUUGACCCAGACGAGGAUGGCUACCCACUGAGCAUCGCUGACUACUCCGGCACUGCAGGUAUAUUAAAAGAAAUUUGCUGUUCCUCUUGGGUGUGGAACUGACAAAUGUGAGAUGUGGACUGGAAUAAGAGAGAUUGGUUUUGUUGCGCUAAAGGACAGAACGUGUAACAGCUACAGCUUUUGGGUAAAGACAGAUUCUCAGUUUGUUGCCCUACAGUUGCUCUUUGUGAACUACUUGGAACUCAGGAACCCCUGCUGAUGGCCUCUCAAACUACACCUGUCUGCUGACUGCGCUUGCCAGUCAUCCAUGUAAAUAAUUUAACCGUGAAAUUGAGCAUGUCUUGUAGUAUAACAACACCCCAGGAUGACAAGAGGACGUUUCCUUUCUUUACACAUCUUGCCCUUCCUAACAUCCCCCAAACCUUCAAACCCAUCAUUUGUGACCAGCUAUCAAAGCGAAGGCAGAUCUACUGUACGCUAUUAACACUUGGUACGCUCUGCUGUGAAUUACGAUGGACUUUUUUUUUUUAGGUCUUGUAUUAGAGGUAUUUUUUAUGUUGAUCAUUAAAAUGUGUUUCAUGUUCUGAGUGACAUUUAAUAAACAUCCCCAGUUUCUAACAUACGCGCUUUCGGGUUGACUGAACCAUUUCCUGUGACAGAAAAAUUAAACUAAUUCCUCCUUAGCAGUUUGGGAGAGAAUGUCAGCUGAGGUCAGCUCAUUAGCUGGUAAUUGACUAGGUAAGCCAAUAAAAAAUC